CCACAAAGAGACAAAGUCUACCGUACGUCGUAAUCAUCCCGAUGGUAAAUCGAUCGGUUUUCCACAAUCAGCUGCAAACGAAAAAUAUUUAUUUUUUAUAGAGUAACAUUGACAUAUUGCCAAUUAACGAGAGAAAAAACGUAAUCGGUAGGCAAAACGCAUAUUCAUCCACCGAAUAAUUGACUAAUUGAACUAAAAAUCGAACAGUAGACGGAAAUGCCGUGCAAUAAAAUUAGUUUCAUUGUGAAAUUGUGUGUCAAUUUUAAUUUAUUUUUCAAAUUCUAUGCAAGAAAAUUGAUGUAAUUGCGAUAGAUUGAAUGUGUGCGAAGCAUUUAGUGUUUUUUUUUAUUCUUGGAAAUUCGAUUAAAACUUGCCUUCAAAAACAGUUGUCUGCGUUUAGUGUGAGUUGAAAGGGUGACCACAGAAAAAAAAAUAUUCUAAAAACAGAAAUUACAAACGAUUGAAAAUGUCUUUUAGUCUAGUGAAUGUUUCCACAUUCGGUGCUUUAAUUGUGUUUUCCAUAUUUGUAAAUAAAUUAAUUUAUGGUUAUAGUCCGGACACGCACAAUGUAGCGAAACGAAUGGAUCUAGAAUCAUGCAUAGGUCGAUUUGAUGUGCAACACGACAUGAUUAUUCGAACUGAAGAGUCGCGGGCAAUGGGUGCACGAUUUCUGGACCAUGCUGAUUUAGGAUCGCAGGAGGAGUGCCUGAGACUUUGUUGCGAAACAGAUGAGUGUGACGUUUUCGUUUUUGAAGAGAAGAACCAAGGAACAUGUUUUCUGUUCCAUUGUGGCCCAUCGCAAAACUUUCGAUGCAAAUUUACGCAUCACGGAAAUUAUACCAGUGCCGUUUUAACACCUGAAACUAAGCGAGACGAGGUAGCCAAAAGCGUUAACACCUAUCCGGCUCAGAUUGUACCCGUUCCAUUAUCUCAGCAUGAGAUGGAAUUGUCUAAUCUAAAAGACAAACCCCAUAGCGAUGCAGUUACAACCCUUAUUCCCCCAUUGGGUAUUCGGAUGGGCGACAUAACAUCAACCACUAAAGCUCCAAUAAUAAAAUGUAGUCGUUUCCAAUUCCAAUGCCAUUCGGGUGAAUGUAUUGCUAUCUAUAAUGCCUGUGAUGGCAUUCCACAGUGUAUGGAUGGCAGUGAUGAAGGAUCAGAGUGUCCGGCUAAUUCAAUUGUAGCGGUAAAAACACAACCAGUUGUACCCAUUGGUUCACAGAUGCAUAACAACAAUAACAAUAAUAACAUCAUUCAACAGCGGACAAAUAUUGUUGAUGUUCAAAAGCACCAAAAUCCUGUACCGGCGGUGCAACGGCCAUAUGCUAUGGGACGUAACAGAGAAGAUCCGAUGACCGCUCCCAUUAAGUGGCCUCAACAGGAACAGCCAUUUGACGUUGAACAAGACAGUCAUAUAUUCAACCAUAAAGGUGGUCUUCAAAUUCCUAACACCAACAACAACAAUCUUGCUCAGCAAUAUAUAGCAAACAACGGCUAUGCGGUACCACAAAGCGAGCCAUAUAUGCAAAAUUUACCAGACACUUAUCGAAUUCCCCAAUGGUCUGCUGACACACGUAUUUCACAAACGUGGCCACAACAGCAGCCGCAAGUUCCGAUGAUUGUGCAACCGAUACAACAGCAACAACAACAAUUGCAACCGAUGCAACAAGAUAUUCUCGAAUCUCAAAUUAGGGAACAACAGCAAAGGUCCAAUUGGCCGGUUCGUCCGGUUGUAAAUGCACCAUUGGACAAUCAUCCAGUUAAUAACAACGCUGUAAAAUUACCGAAGUCAAAAGUUUCAGCCGAUAAUGUGCAAGAUAGUGACGAGGAAAGCGAAUACGAAGAAGAUGAACGAACUGUUCAAGUAACUGAACCGCCACCGAAGAAAAAACCUCGAAAGCAUAAAGAAAAUCGGUCAAAAAUCAACAAAGACAAGGCAAAAAAACAUGACGAACAGCACGACAAACCAAUGCAUGAACAACUGAAAAUGAUCAAAUCGGAUUUGGAUAUGGAGUUUAUUGAUCAUGACGGAGCAGCUGAUCGACCUGGUGGUGCAGUUCUAUCAUUGACUUUAGGAAUUAUCAUCACAGCAGCUUUGGCAGUACUCGUCGGAUGCCGAGCAACUGUGGUUAGAAGACGAACCCGACGUGGUGGUAAAAGUCAAUAUGCUCACGACGCUGACUUUUUGGUGAACGGAAUGUACUUAUAAGUUUUGUGUGGUUGGAUGGAUUCUUAGUUGGAUGCUUUGUUAAAAUGUGAGACAUUAUUUACUUCAGUUAUGCAGUUCUACCGUUCUAUAAUACUAAAUAUCCCAUAAAAUCGACCGCUCCGCUCAUACAGUAAUCGCCUCAAUA